AUGGUCGAUAGGAGGAGCAGGGCCGUGCUCAUCGGGGUCACCGCCGGCGUCGCGGCCGCGCUGCUCGUGGCGGGGGGCGUGCUCCUCGCCAUCUGGCUCUACCGCCGGUGGGCCAGCGUCGCCGCACGGACGCGGUCCCUCGAGUCGCCCUCGGCGACGCUGCGGGCCGACGGAUGCACCAGCCUCGACUCCAGCGUCUCCGUCUCUGUGGUCUCCGAGAGCGUCGCCGACUGGGGCCACCCGCCACCGCCCAAACGCGCCGCGUUCUGUGCCUGGAGAGGAGGCGGCACCGGCCACAACGGCAGGGAACCGUCGCCGCUGUCCGUCUCCGGGAUCCCGAAAUACCAUUACAAGUACGUUCUACACUUCGUCUACUCCAUAGAUAUCUGGAACACGGAACCUUCUCCUCAAUCUUAUCUCAGUUGA